UAUUGAGAACCGUCGCAGCACUUUCCGCCAUUAUUCUGCUUCUUCAUCUUACGCGCUCAACUUCAACUUCAACUCCAACUCCAACUCAAUCCCCUCCGCCGCAUCCUCUCAUUCCACACCUACACAAACAUUUCUUAUUCCCAAAUCCACUUUGCCGACAUUACUUUCUAUAUAUACACACCAACACUAACUUUUUCUUCCCAAAUAAUUAAUAUCCUCUAUCUUUUAGACUCCAAAUCCCAAAUCCAAGCAUUACACAUGGCCGAUUCCUCCAUUUUCCAUCAUCCCCCCCGAGUUUUUGUUUGCAAAACCUGUAAUCGUGAAUUUUCCUCCUUUCAAGCUCUCGGCGGCCACAGAGCAUCGCACCGGAAGCCCAAAUUAUCGAUGUCCGGUGAUGCUCUUUGUAAUAGUAAUCAGAAUAAGACGAAGGCUCAUGAGUGUUCUAUUUGUGGUGUUGAGUUUCCCGUUGGGCAAGCGCUUGGUGGCCAUAUGCGACGCCAUCGGAAUUCUUCUCCUCCGUCUCAGGCGAUGAUCAUGACGGCUCAGCCGGUCUCCGAUGAAUCCGAUAGUGAUUGCGGUGUUGGUGGAGGUGUUGAUUUGGAUUUGAAUCUCACCCCCUUGGAGAAUGAUCUGGUUCGCUUGCAGUUGAUGGCUCCCCCAGUCGGUUGCUUCACAUAAUUAUAUUAUCAUAUUCUUAUUUGUAUAAAAUAUUUAAUUUCUUUGAUAUUGAUGAUACACACACACAGAGACUUCGACUUCCACUUUUUCUUUCAGGCUUUAUUUUGUUUCUAUUGCAAUUCCGUUUCAUAAGCACUUUUUAUUUGUUGUACACUAUCAUUCAUAACUAACGGGAAAAAAAGAACUACACGUAGAUUGGUAA